GCAGCCGUUCACUGUUAGAUUGUCCGUCUGACGAUGAACUGUCGGGCGUCCGCUGUCUGCUAGAACCUGCAUCUUGAUCACGACCACCCACCACUCGACUAAUUUGGUAAAACCAGAAUGGUUACCCUGAGCGACUUGCCCCUCGAGCUCUUUCUCGACAACAUCUUGCCGUUGCUCCACAUCCGUGAUCUCCUCAAUUUCUCGUGCACUAGCCGGCACUUCUACGAGCUAGCAUCGGACGAAACUUUCUGGCAUGGCAAGAUCGAGCAGGACUUCAACUUCACCGGCGCAGAGACCGCGCGGAACACUGGCUGGAAGUUUCUCUACAAGCGGUUCUCCCGUCCCAGGGUGUAUGUAUGGGGUGAACGAACCCAUGGACGACUUGGUCUGACAGACGGAAAUAUUCCCGACACUGCCAUCCGGCGCGAUGGUGUUCCCUAUCCCGUCCAAUUGCGCAUCCCACACGUCCGGAUCGUGAACAUCGUCGCUGGUGGCAUGUCUUUCCAUGCGCUAGAUUCAGACGGUAACAUGUACGUCUGGGGAACGCUGGACGGGCUCGGUGGCGCCCUCCGGAGCGAAGGCUUCUCUACCUCCUCUAAGAAGGCUGAUCAUCCCAUGCGGCUUAGCCUGCCUGUCAAGAUCCGCAGCAUUAGCUGCGGGCGGCUGCACUGCGCCGCGCUCGACGCAUCUGCCGGCGUGUGGACGUUCACAUCUUGGGGUCGGCCCUUCCGGCUUGGAUCGCCGCUCCUGGACAAAUCAACUCCGGAGAGCAUGCCCGUGCAGGUCGAGAGCGGCUGGGCAUUCUCUACCGUGCUCGUCGAGUCCGGCGAUGUGUUCGUGUGGUGGCCGUUCUCCGGGCGCAUACACGAGGCGGUCGCCGCGAAGAACGAAGAACUUGACGUGCGGCCGGAAACUAGGGCACUGCCCACUGAUCAGCACCCGGAUGUCAUCCCAUGCUGUACAUGGGAGUUGCGCGACAUUGAUCCAGUGAGGUUGCCUGCUAUUCCAAGUGGGGACCUUCCGUGUAUAGAGGGGACGAGUCUCUCGGAGGAACAGAUGAGCAAGGAGACAAAGCUCAUCAAGAUCGCGGGCAUGGACAAUGCGCUGGUUGGGUUGACGAACAAAGGCCAUGUCCUCAGAUACGAUAUGCUCGCGGGCGAGGACACGUACAGUCGCGGCCACUGGCAAUAUCUGCCCGAGUUCAGCGAAGUCAAGAAAGUUAGAGCGCAUCCCGCUUUCGUCGAAGGGGAUAAAAAGCCGGAGCCACCGGAAACUAUGCUAAUCACCCACGUUUCCGCGCAAUUCCACACUUUCUUCGCGUACUCAACGGGAACGCGCUCCGUCGUACUCAUGGGCAAGCCGCCCGAGGGCCACCAAUUCGCACCCCAGCCGCAGGCGCCCACACCCGCCAUCCACCCGAUCAUUCUCCCGGGCCUCCAGAACCGCGGCGUCAUCUCCGUCGUGCUCGGAGAUUACCAUUACGGCGCGCUCACGUCCGAUGGCAAGCUUCUCACAUGGGGCGCGUUCUCCAAGGGCGCACUAGGCCUCGGCGAUCCCACGACCAUUCCUCUGGGCCAGCCCGGUGGCUUCACGAACGAGGCGCAGCAGCGCCAGGCGGCGACGCGCUUGGGCAUGCUCCGCGCUCCGCCACCUGAGGUGACGCUCCCUACGGAGGUGCGGUUCGAUCACGGGGAGAAUAGGAGGAAGGAGAGGUACUGCUUCGCUGCGACCGCGGCAGGUUGGCACAUGGGUGCACUUGUCAUUGAUCUUGAGCCCGAUGAGGAAGGGCCGGCGGAGGACUCUGUACAGGACAUGCCUGGUGCCUACCCGGCUGUCCAUGUAUCUCCGAAUCCUCCCUCGUCUAUCGGACUGCAGCCUCCUGGGGAAUAUCCCAUGCUGCCCUUUGGACGUGGGGUACGGCCGUUCCGUCUGGGGUUUCCUGCGCGUGGUAUGUGGCGAGGAGAAGGCAGAGGAAGAGGAGGUUCGUAAGUCUUUCCAGAAUUAGAAUAGCUCUUUGUAAGGAAACAUCAUGUGUACUAUAUUAUAGCCGUAUACAAACGAGUGUACAUACCGUUGGACGAGGUGCAAGGUGCAAACGAGUUUGAUUCCC